CUGGAUGAAGAGACGCGAAAUCGUAAGAUCAUUGAAAAAGCACGAAACGAAGAAGAUGAAUACGAUCAGAAGAAUCGCCGUCAAAUGGAGUCGUAUUACGCGACCGCACACAAAAUCAAAGAGAAAAUCGUCGCACAACACCCAUCGAUGGGUGGUGGCGAUCCGACUCUUCUGUUGAAACCGUAUCAGGUUGGUAUUUACACUCUUCGUUUGGAUGCAGAUUCUGUGGACGAGUAUUCAGAAAUGAAUCCAGUUUUCUAUAGAAUGUUUUAA